UACUGCAGAAGGAAGCAAACCCAGACGUGCAGGGCAAGAACGGCCUGACCCCGCUCCAUGUGGCCACCCACUACAACCACGUGAACGUCGCACAGCUCCUGCUGGAACACAAGGCUAACCCACAUUCCGCAGCCAAGAAUGGCUACACCCCCCUUCACAUCGCAGCCAAGAAGAAUCAGAUGGACAUUGCCACCACCCUUCUGGAGUACGGAGCGAAACCCAACGCAGAGUCUAAGAAUGGCUUCACCCCGCUUCACCUUGCGGCCCAGGAAGGACACACAGACAUUGUGUCCCUGCUGCUGGAACACCAGGCAAAUGUCAACGCUAAAGCUCAAAACGGCCUCACCCCCAUGCAUCUCGCUGCUCAAGAGGACAAGACCCCAGUGGCGGAGAUCCUUGUCAAGUACAAGUCUGAGGUUGACCCCACUACAAAGGCUGGCUACACUCCUCUGCACACCGCCUCCCACUUUGGACAACAGAACAUGGUUCGUUUCUUGCUGGACCAGAAGGCCUCGGUCAACGCCACCACCAAGCUGGGCUACACUCCCCUGCAUCAAGCAGCCCAACAGGGCCAUGUCCAGGUGUGCAACAUCCUGCUCAAGCAGAACGCCUCACCCAACGCUGUCACCAAUAACGGUCAGACACCUUUGGCCAUCGCCCAAAAGCUUGGCUACAUCUCCGUCGUGGACACCCUCCAGGGAGUCACUGAGGUGCAGACCAUCCCCGCCACCGAGGACAAGUACAAGGUCGUCUCCCCAGAAACCAUGCAGGAGACCCUCAUCUCCGACUCAGAGGAUGAAGGAGGCAGCAACCGAAACUCCCGAGAUUCGGGUCUGUUCGGACGAGGGAGCGUAUUCGGGUCGUAUCGCAGUGAUCAAGUGUCAAUCCUCACUUUUUCUGGGGCAUUACAAGGCGAGGACAGUCUGUCAUUGGAGCGUGGUGGCAGCAUCUCCCCACUGGAUCAAUCAUUUGAGAAGGAUUAUAUGGAGGCCCAGAUCACGAGCUCUGCCUACGCCCCUGCCUAUGCCACGCGCCCUGACAACCGCUACCAGACGGGUGCAGCGCCCCCAGGGAGAGGCAGCUCGCUACAGCUCAUACAGUGGGUCAUCAUUCAGCACCAGUUUCGAUCCCGACAACGUGCCUGUGGACAGGGCACCUGUUUAUUCUGGCAAACUGAAAUGGAAAAGUUUCUUGAUCAGCUUCAUGGUGGAUGCUCGUGGCGGCGCCAUGCGAGGAUGUCGUCACUCUGGAGUACGGAUAAUUAUUCCACCCCGCAAGGCCUCAAUGCCAACCAGGGUAACUUGCCGUCUGCUCAAGAAGGAAAAGUUGAUGCACCCUCCUUCGCUCAAUGAAGGUGAAGGUCUCGCUGCCAGGAUUCUUGAAAUGGGCCCUGUUGCUACCAAAUUCUUGGGACCAAUCAUCAUCGAGGUUCCCCACUUUGCAUCACUCCGAGGCAAGGAGCGUGAGGUUGUGAUCAUGAGGAGUGACAAUGGCAAGAACUGGUAUGAACACCCCAUGGUGGCCACGGAAGAAGCAGUGAAUGAUGCCCUUGGCGGCAGUCUGGAAGGUGCUGAAGGCGUGACGCCCACACCGUCACAGUCUGGCUCGGUGUCUAGUUUGUGGAAACUUGACCAAGAGGAAGAACUCACAGCCAAGAGAAUCACCCGUAUCCUGACAACCGAUUUCCCACAAUACUUUGCACUGGUGACCAAAGUGCGCCAGGAGAACAAACAGAUUGGUGAAGAAGGGGGCGUAAUCAGCUCAACUGUCGUACCCCAGGUGCAAGCUGUCUUCCCCGAGGGGGCUCUCACAAAGACCAUCCGCGUUGGCCUGCAGGCACAACCCAUUGCACCUGAACUCGUUGCUAAGCAACUUGGCAGUGUGGCAGUCAGCCCCAUCGUAACGGUUGAACCCAGGCGCCGAAAAUUCCACAAACCGAUCACAUUGACCAUUCCGGUACCGAAGGCUUCUCAGAAGGGAAUGAUCAACCAAUAUGGGGGAGAUCGGCCGACUCUCCGACUUCUCUACAGUAUUUCUGGUGAGAAGGAACCGGCAGUAUGGGAAGACAUCACUGACGCAAAGCCUAUGUCGCUUGUCAAUGACUGUGUGUCAUUCACUACAACUGUGUCUGCAAGGUUCUGGUUGAUCGACUGCCAGAACAUCCAAGAGGCUACCCAGAUGGCAACUGCUCUGUACAAGGAGUCCAUCAUCAUCCCCUACAUGGCCAAGUUCGUCAUCUUCGCCAAGCGGGACUCCCAGGAAGAGGGCAAGCUGCGCAUGUUCUGUAUGACGGACGACAAGGUGGACAAGACGCUGGAGAAACAGGAGAAGUUUGCUGAGGUUGCUAGAAGCAGGGACAUUGAGGUUCUGGAAGGAAGGCCACAGUUUGUGGAAAUGGCGGGUAACCUCAUCCCCGUCACCAAAUCUGGCGACCAGCUCCACGUCAACUUUAAAUCAUUUCGAGAAAAUCGCCUACCGUGCACGGUGAAGAUCCGUGACCUUGAUCAGGAGCCGUCUGCCAGAGUGGCCUUCAUGAAGGAACCGAAGGUGGCCAGAGGCGAGGCACCACAGUCCCCCAUAUGCAACCUCAACAUCACACUGCCAGACAUGUCCAAGUCUGAAUCCAGCCUAGAGGACCCAGAUGCCCUUGAGAUCAGGAAAAGACACUCCCUGCUGAGAGAACAUGGCAUAGUGGUCCAGGACACUGUGAGUCGGGGUCAGAUGAAGCUGACAGACAUCGCAGAUACCCUCCAGGGAGACUGGGUCAUCUUAGCCCAGCAGCUUGACAUCACCAUGUCAGAGAUCAACCGCAUCAAGACUGACUACAACACCGUCAACGACCAAGCUCUUGCCAUGUUAAACCUGUGGGUACAGAAGAACAAAGAAAAGGCAACAGGUAAUGCCUUAGAGAGUGCCUUGCGUAAGAUCAAUCGAGAAGACGUAGCCCAGAAGUGCAUGUACGACAUCGAGACUGUAGAAGAUGAGAUGGAGGCAGCAGCAGCCAGGGUAGCCAUGGAUCAGUCAGGUUUCGACACAUUUAAAGAAGAAGUAGGAAUAACAAAAGACUCCAUGAAGAGAGGCAUGUCCCUCGACGUCCAAUACGAUGAACAAGACCUUAUAAAGAGCCUGGACGAUAUUAAGGAGUCAGAAUCGGCAGCAGAAGAGUCCAGUCCCAGUAGUGACCGUGGGUCCUUUGUGGACAGGACUGCACCUAAAGUAGAAGCUGAAGCCACUAGCUCCCGCCCGGAAUCUAUAGCAGAGGAACAGAUUUUAGCUGAUUUAGAUGUGCGUAGGCCGCUAGCAAAGGCAGUGUCACCAGAGGAAACAGCAGAAUCCUCUCGUAAAAAGAAAGAGGCUUAUCUUAGCCUUGUUAGUGAAAUGGAUCGCCUUGCAGAUGAGCAGGAAGCCUUGGAAAAAUCAGAGAGAGAAGUAACAGACGAGAAGUACAGUGUUUCCGAGGAGACAAUAGUCAAGGUAGCAAAAGGCAGCAAGGAGGACCCUAUGCAACAAGUCCAGCAGGCUCAAGCACAUGCGCCCUGUGUUGAUAUGGAACCCGAGCGCUCCCCAAGUGAAAGCUCGAUGGUUUACAAAGGAGACCAAGACCAGGGAUAUGCUGAGGAUGAGGCAACAGUCAAGACCCCUCCCCCCAGUCCUUCAGAAAAACAACCAUCCACAGAAGAAAGAAUAACUCCUUACUCCAAUGUUGAGCAAGCUGCUGCACGAUUGGCUGCCGAGGCUGAAGGAGCUGACCAAUCAGAGUCUGAACAAGCUGAGUGGCUCAAGCAAAAAGAAGCUGAGGAACAGUUACGUCGUCAACGACAGGAAGAGGAAGCUGAACUCCACAGAAAACAGGCUGAACAGUAUCGACAAGAAGCAGAGGAACGAGCACAACAACAAAAGGCUGAUGAUGAGCGACGGACACAAGAGGCAGAAGCCGAGAAGAAAAGAUUAGAAGAUGAACGCUUAAGACAACAAGAAAUUGAAGCAGAGAGGUUGAGACAAGCAGAGUUGGAUGCUGACAGGCUCAGGGACCAAGAAGCAGAAAGACAACGCCUGAAAGAAGCUGAGCAGCUCAAACAAGAAGAAGCUGCAAGACAUGAACAAGAAGAACCUGAACUUCAACAAGAUGAUGAAGAGCGUGGAGAGGAAGAAGAAGCUGUUGCGGCUGUGCUCAUUCCUGAAGAUGAAGGUUAUGAUGAACUCAUGGAAGAAAAGGUGGACGAACAACCUGUUGAUGUUCAAGAUGAUGAAGGUUUGGUUGUAGUUGAUGAUUAUAUCGAGCAUGAGCCAACAGAGCAAAUACAAACUGAUGAAGGUGCAGAAUAUGAUGAAGAUCAACUUGAAGUGGAUGAAAGUGAUAGAUUCAAGGAAAUGGAAAUACCAGAGAGGGAUGUAGAAGUCACAGAGACAGUUGAAACUUUCACAAGUGUGGCUGUUAGCUCAGAGAGAACACAUGAGUAUGAAGAGACAGAAAUGUCAGAAUCCUAUGAAAAAAUUGAAACCAUUAAGUCAGAAGAAAUAGUUGAUGGACAAAGUAUUGUUGACAGUGUAACACCUCUAGAAGAACAAGUAUGUGAGGAAAAAGAAGAGGCUAAAGAUGAGGAUCAGGAAACCUUUGAGAAACUAGAUGUAAGUCCAGAACCUGAAAGGAAGGAAGAGGUAGAGGGUUCUGAUGAGGAAAUGCUUGUAGACACAGCUGAAAAAGAAACAAAACCCAUAGUUUCCGAUGUAUGUGAGCCACAGGAAGUAGAAAAACUUUCUUUAGCACCAACUGAGUAUGUACAAGCUGAAAAGGAAAUUCUUUUGAGCGAGCAUGAAAGUGAGAGCGAAGAUGAAGCAUGGGAGAUGUUGGAGAAAGAUGAACUCUCACAGGAGGAACUCAUGGCAGCCAGUGAUGAAAUGCUGAUGCAAGUUUCUGUUGAAGAGGUGAAAGAAGAACCUGAAGCUUCUGUAAAGGAACCAGAGUCAACUGUUCUUCCUGAAGAGGCAGUCGUACCAACUGAAGCCACUCAGGUAGACUUAGUGGUCAAAACUGAACAUUUUGAACACAUCACAGAAACAACUGUAGAAUCCCAAAUUAUUGAAGAAACACCAAUAACUGCUAAGGAAGAAAUAUCCGAUGAAGAGCUUGUGGAAAGCGAGCGGCUUUCACCUGUGAAAACAGAGAAACCAGAGGGUGUGCAGACAGGAGAACCAGUUCAAGAACCAAAACAGGCUGAUAAUUUGAAAGAUGCUGGAUCAGCCCUUGACAUUUCUGAAGUUGAAAUUGUAACUGUUGAGGAUAAUACAUCAUACCAGAAUAGAAUUGACCAAGGCAUAGUUGAUCAGGCAUCAUUUGAAAUGGAAGGAGAACCUGUUGAAGUUGAUUUUAAGAGUGGAUCUUCUGAGCUAUCAGACGAAGACCUCAAAGAGAGAAAACUUUCUGCAAGUGAAUUUGCUCAGUCUCAAGGAGUUGCAGAGGAGCAACAAGAACCAAGUCAAAUCCAGGUGCACCAAGAGCAGAUUGUGAUGGAAGAGCCACAGGAAGUGACUGAUUUACAGCAAGCUGAAGAUGAGGAUAUUGAUGAAGAAUUUGCUGAAACUGAGGAACCGGAGUUAGAAAAGUUGGCUGAAACUGAGGAUGCUGAUGAAUUCUCAGACUCUCCAUCUUUUGAAGGACCAAUUGAGCAAGGGUACAGAGAAUCAGCAUCUCCUGAAUUGGAACAUGCACAAGUUGAGGAAACCUUUGAACAAGAACGUGAACUGACACCUGAAGAACCUGUCAAACAACCCCUUGAUGAGGAACAAGUAGUCCUGACUGAUGAAUCUGAGAGACCACAUAGACCAGAGCCUCAAGAAACUGACCGCCUAGUGUCAGAGACACCAGAACAGAUGGGAAAGGCAACUCCAUCUGAACUUGAACCUCCAACUGAAGACGAACCAAAAUCAGAAAAAGAAGAUCAACAACUGGAUGAGAAAGACAUUGAGUCUCCUGUGAUUAGAGAUCAAGAUGAACAGGAAGAAGAGCUACCCGAAACACAAGACAAAGACAAACAUGAUGAUCAUGUAGAAAAAGAGAGGAUGUCCUCGUCAGAGGAUGAGGGUUCAGUAGAGGUGAAAGUUGAAAUAUUUCCUGAAAAGGCUGCAUCAGAAAUGAAGCAAGACAUGGAUGGAAUUGAAAAUGAACUGAAAAAAGAAAGUUUUGUUGAAAAGUCAUCUGUGAUAGAAUUUUCUGAAAUGCGCUCUGAAACAGUGCAGCACGUAGAAGUACAUACCUCUGAGACUGUUAAAAGUGAAAUAUCUGAAUUUGAUUCUUUGAAACAUUGGGAUGAAGUCACCCAAAAGGAAGGAAAGUAUGACCUCGCAGCAAGUGAUCCUAUGACAGAAUCAUUUUAUGAAUCUUCCAUAGAUCAGUCCUACACAGAAAAAGAAGAAAUCCUGAUUGACACCUCCUCAACAUUAAUCAAAUCCGACCUGGACAUAGACACUACAGAAACUUCAACUCUUGUAAAAUCUGAACUAGACCUUGAUACUACAGAAACUAGACCAGAGCCAGAAGAACUUGAAUUGAAAGAGGAUAAGGAUGUUGAACCUACUUGUGCUGAAGCAGAGCUAAUCACAACAUCCCUGGAGUCUAUGGAUGAACGGGAACGAGCUGAAUCUAUUGAAACAGAAUCGGUUGAUUCUCAGCAACAGGUAGAGCAAAGGGAGGAAUUCAUCGCUGCUGCUGAACAAGCAAUUCCUGUUGAAGCAGUCCCCUGGACAACAGGUGACAUGCAAGCCGUGGAAUCUGAUGAAGACUUUUCAGAUGAAGAAGACCUUGGAGCUAGCAGAGAACCCACCUCAGACUCAGACACUAUUCCAGAUGAUGCAAAGUUUGAUGAUGAAGAUGUUAGCCCAAGUAAACUGGAAGAGACAGUUGUGUAUGAAGAACAAGUCCUGGACAAAAAGGAAGAAAUUAUACAGCAAGAUGUUCAACUCAAAGAGGAGGGAAUAGUUGAACAAUCUCAAACUGUCAAGGAAACUUCAUUUGAAAGUUUCUCAUUCACACAAACAGAAACAGUUGUUGAACAUGCAACAAGCUACUUUUCUGAUGAAGAAAUCAAACCAAUUGAAGCUAUGCCAGACAAGGCACCUGAAGAAAAAGACAUUGAAGAUGAUUACCUACCUGAUGAAACUGACUUCAAAGAUGAGGAUGGUCAGUCAGAACCUGCUGAAGAAGAAUUCUUUGUUCCAUCUAAGCAAACACAUGAUUUUGCUGCAGUGACUUCCUUUGAGUCAUCAAUGACAACUUCCAUUUAUGAACCAUCUGACUUAGAUGAUGCCCAAGAGCCAGAGGUGGCAGAGUCUGAUCAGUUUGUAGACCGUAGAGAGGAAUUUACAGAAGAGGUUCGAACAUCCACUGAAUUCAAAACUGAAACACUUAUUAGUUUUGAUGAUGAACCUGAUUUUGACAGAGAAGAAGACAAAUUAGUAUCAUUUGAAGAGACAUUUAUUGAUAGAAAAGAAUCCUUCCUAGAGGAAACACUAGAAACAAUAGUCAGUGAUUCUUCCCAAAGAGAAAGUGGUGGUACCUCCAUAGACAUUGUUGGAGCAGGAGGUGAAUCUCUUAUAUCAGACCAAACUGCUGACAAAGCCCCCUCUUCCGAAAAGUCUCCUACUCAAGGACAAGAGACUGACAGACCUUCCAGCCCACAAGAUGGCAUCUAUCUUGCCCUCCAUGCCCCACUCCUUCCAUCCUCCUCCACUGAGGUGCAAGAUAGGUCAGGCACACCUAGUGACAUUGAACCUGAUGAACUUGAUACAGUGCAGGAAAAAACAGUUGUACAUUCUGACGGUUAUGAACGAGCAGUGUCUCCACUAGAAUUUUCAUAUGAAGCUAGACAUCCUUUUGAAGAAUCUGACAUCACAGGAGCUUCAGCCGAUGAUGAAAUGGAACCAGAAGGCAGAAUUACUGCUGACACAUCCCAACAGAUAUUCAUUGAACAAUCUAUCGAAUCAAGGAAACCACCAAAGGUUGGAGGGUUCUCAUCUGGAGAAGAUGAUGAAGAUCGUCCUCCCUCUCCCUCUGAAUUUACCCUUGUACAGUCACAUGAUCAGGACAUGUUAAUGAAAGCUCUUGGAAUAGAUCAGACAAUUGAUGAAGAUAGGUCAUCAGAAGAAGCCACUGAUUCAGAAUCAGAAAGUGAAGAUGAUGAGGACAGACCUCCAUCUCCCACUGAGUUUACACUUGUUGCUUCUCAAGACCAAGACACUCUCAGUAAAGCUCUAGUGGAUGAAUCUGAACCCGACUACGCUCUCCAGGAGGAACAUCUUAUCUAUAUCCAAGAUGCCGAUAUGCCACCCAAAAUUGGCUUUGGAGAUGACUUCAUGAGAGAUCCUCUUAGUGAUGGAUUUACAACUGGAACAAGUAGUGCUGAAGCCCCUGAUGCAAGUGAACAAUCCUCCAGCGAACAGGCCCAGAAAGAAACUCUGGACCAGUCAGUGGAAAACAACACCAUGUCAACUCUGAGUUCUGAACUCAAUGAACAACCAGCUUUGGAACCUACUGCCCCACCAAUGUCCUCUUUUGAAGAAACUUCAGAGGAAGUCACGGUCAUGACAUCAAGUUAUGAGAGACUCUAUCAAGGAAUAAACAUUGAAACAACAACAACACACUCUGAACAAAUAUUGGAUAUUGGUGACCACUUUGACACCAAACAACCAGACCUUCACUUCCAACCAGCUGGUCACUCCUCCAGCUAUGAGCAGCUGUAUCAGCAGGAGAAGACUACCGGCCCCGAAGAGAUCCCAGUCGUCAAGACUGAGCAAGAAGAAAAGCUCAGUUCAUCGAGUUCGGAAGUUGCCCAACUUGACGACGUUCGUGAUCAAGAUGCCGAAAAACGUGAAACCAGUGAAGAGAAAACUGAAGAGACGGAUGUGGAAGAACAGUUUUCUCCCCUAUCUAAGCAACAAUCUCCGGCUAAGCAGGCCCUUAAUCUAGAGCUUGAUCCCCAGACACCAUCUUUCUCUUUCUCUGAUAAAUCCCCAGACAUAAUAGUUUCCUCACAGCUAGAUCAGGGGCAGCAGCCAGUAUUGUCUGUUCCUGGUAAGCCUCUCUUGGUCGGCCCUUCACCAUCAGACCAGCUGUCUACAGUUCUGGAAGGAGAAGAGGAGGAGGUGGAUGAAGAACCUAAAGAAACCGAAGAACAAACUCCUCUUCCACAGCCAAUACUACUUGAUUCACCAACCAAAGAUGAUCGGGAUGAAGAAUUCAUGGAGUCUGAAAUCAUAACUAAAGUCACUGAAUCCACCUCAGAAACAAGAACGCAAACUGUCUUCCACAAAUCUGAAAGAGAAAGUGUAGAACAGACUUUGCAGUUUUCACCUGAUGACAGAGAUGACACUGUUGUAGAGGAACAACUAUUUGAAUAUCCUGCAGAAUCCUAUAAGGAAAUGAAAUCUACUGUGAGGGAAACCACAAUCUCUGGAGUAGAUUACAUGGAUGAACUUGUAAGUGAGUCAUCUUACCAAACAACUGAAGAGACUGUUGAAUGUGUGCAAAGUGUACCUGAUGAUGAAACGUUUGAGCCACUAGUGUCUGAACAAACAACAACCACAGUUUAUGAAGAAAGAGUAGAAGUAAAGACUGAUGAUCAGGAGAAAUUGAAAGAAAGUGAUGAUGAAGCUUCUGAUGAAUUUGGUGAAGCUGCAAUAGACCGAACUGAAACACACAUCACCACAGAAAGAGAUGUCACAGACAGACCAGGAGAUGUGGUGCAUCCAGAGGUUUCUCUGGCACAGCAGUCUCAAGAUCAAGACAUUUUGAUUGACACUUCAGUAACUGUACAAGAGACCUCUGUCUCGACCAAGGAUGACACUGUGGAGAAAGAAGCACCAUCAGUGCAGACUGAAGGUGAUAAUGUCAUUGUAGAUGUGAAAAUGACAGAAUCAAUGAGAACUGAAUCGGCUGACUCAGCAGGAGAACCUGAUGAAGAGACUCUUGAGGAGAGGGAAACUCGGCUCUCAUACAUGGCAUUCGACAACAUGGCGUUCUCUGCUGAGGAUGCUGACAAAGGAGCUAUUGCAGCUGCUGACAAGCCAAAACUCCAGAAACAAGACACAAAGGAAAUUUCUCCCGAAGACCUUGAGGAGAAACCAUUUCAGUUUGAAUUUCCUGAUGACUUCAAACGGGAGCUUGAUCAGAGAAAAAUGACUCAGGACGAACUAGAUCUGUCAGGACAGGAAGGGCUUUUUUCAGAAACAACUACUGAAACCACAGUGAAAGAUGACAAGUAUGAGACGACAACCACAACUACAACUACGUAUUCUCACUUUGAACAUAGUACGAGCAUGACUGAGUCUUACCAUGAACAGUUAUCAGAAUCUUACCAUGAAACAAAACCAGAUUUGGUUUCCUGUCAGGAGGAGCCAGUCCAACAACCAGUCUUGCUCACCGAGUCAUCAGAAACCAGAAUUGUAACUGAAAUUCAGGCAGACAUACCUACUAGCCAUGAAAUGGACAUGACAUCAGAAGUCACCGAAAAGGCAAAAAGUGACUCUGUUCCUGAGCCAAGGGAAACCAUUCCAGAUGAUGAACCAGAACUAGAAAAAGGAGAGGAAAUUCCAGAAGAUGCUUCCUCACAAAGCAGUUCAGAUCGUGACAAUGAAGUGUUUGAUGAAGCUAGUGGUAAAUUUGUUAAAAUUCCAUGGGAGGUAGCACAUCAGUUCAAGAGACAGUUCUCGGAGUCCUUACUGGAACAAGACAAAAAAUUAUUCAAAGCCCAACACUCAAUUGAUAUGGGAGCAUUCUACAGAAGGGAUGAGAAGUCUGAUGAAGCUGUAUCUUUCAAAAAUGAGCAACACAGAUCAGAAACAAUUGAUGAGAUAGAAGUUGAGGAAGUCUCUGAAACAAGAUCAAUGCAAAGGGUAACAUUCCAUCUAUCUGAUGAAGAAAGUGUUGAAUACAGUGAAGUAACAGCAGAGGUUUUUGUUGAUGGAGUACAGAAAGUUGAAACUCAGCCUGAAACCACUCCUGUCCAUGAGCCCCAUGAUUUGAUACAAGAGACUCACAAAGCUGAAGUUAUAUCAAGCAUUCUAGAAAGUAGACAGCAUGUCAAGGAAGAGAUCGCAAAACAGGGUGAAGAAGCAGAGUUUGAAGAUGAAUUUGCAGCACAGGCUGCAAAUAUGUACAGGGAAGUUACAUCUCAGGAUAUUUUUUCACCCAAUGAAGACAUGAUGGCAUCAUAUGCCACUGCCAAGUCGUCUUUAGAUUCCUCAAUUGAAAGAUCAUUCAUUGAUGCCCAGUAUUACAUGGAAUCUUCACACACUGAAUCAUCCAAGUUCACAAGGGAAGACAGCACAGACAGUAGAGACAGCAAACCUGAUGAAGAACUGUUCCCUGCGCAUUCAUUCCAGCCUAUCAGUGUAGUGAGCAAGGAGUCUCGCCUUGCCCAACAGGAACUGCUCCAGGAAAUGGGUGAUGAGAAGGAUAGAUCACUCUCCCCUUCUGUUGACAGUGAAGAGUUGUCUACAACUUAUGAGAGUCAAGCAGAACUGCAAGAAGAACUUGGGGGAUGUGGAAUGCAACAUCCUCCUCACAUACCAAACAAAUUCCCCAUGGCUGUACAUAGCCUUAGUAAGGCACUAGCAGACAAUGAAAUAUAUGAGUCAUCAGAAACUGAAAGAGAUUCCACGGAGGAGAAACUGUCACCUAUUGAGGAAGCCCCAACUUCUGAGGGUUUGGAGGAAAUGAAUGAUGAACCAUCAGGGAAAACAGAGAAGAGAGUUACAUUUCAAACUGAUACCUUAUUUGCCAGAACCCAAGAGCUACAUGGUGGUGAGGAUGUGAAAACAUCAACUUCUUCUUCAGAGGUUUCCAUGGAGCCUACAUUGUUAGCAGCAUCAUAUGAUCUGGAUACUGGACAUGUAUCACAUGUGGUGGCAGCGUAUGACAUCUCACCAGACUCCGUUGAAAAACAAACUCAACCAGAAGCCGCACCAAAAGCAAUUCUUUCAAGUCCAGAAGAUGAUGUGUUUGAAACAGAUGGUUCACUGGUAACGUCUGAAGUGAGAGUAUGCUCUGAUGUUUUGUCUGACACCAAAGAAUCUGGAUCAGAUCUGUACCCCUCCCCACCUGCACCAACACCCAUGGACUCCUCCAUCACAGACACUGUGUGUGACCUUGAAAGUGCAAGUUCAAAAUUAGAACAGAUACACGAUGAACAAGUUGAAAAAGAACUUGCAGCAGAAGAGGGUCAUAGAGUUGAUGAAGAUGAGUUGUCAGAAACCCCCAAACAUACUGAAGAGGAUGAACCAAGUUCACCAUUUGAAAUCAUGUCACCAAGUGAACUAGCGUAUGUUGGCUUGGCUACAGAGGUUACAGUUGAGGGAGCUAUGAUCACAUCCCUAGAAUCAGCAACAUCAACCAGCAGCUAUGCUGAGAUCGAUACUGAAAUGGUGAGUAGUCAGGAUGUUGUUGUUGAAGAAGAGGAAGACAUUAUUGAACCUACACCUGCACAGGAGAUUGUAAGUAUGCCAAAUGGACCAACUGAGGUGGAGUAUCAUGCAGAAUAUGACCAGGAAUAUCCAGAACAACCACCCAUUCAUUAUCAGGAACAAUUUAUUGUGGAACAUGAUGUCAUUGGUCAGCUUCAAGAUGCCCAACUGCCUGUGGAGGAAGAGCCUAAAGGAGAAUCAUUUGUCCAGUCAACUGAUGAAUUACCACAACAGAUGGAGUUUUCAGCAGGUGAUGCCCAGCCUAUUGAAUCCAAAGAACAAGAGAAAGAUGUAACUCUCACACAGGGUGUCAUGGAAGAGCUUCAGCCACCUCAAGGACAAGAUCAGCUGACAUCAUCUGAACAAACACUCUAUGGAUUUGAAAUGCCAUCUGAGGAGAUGGGAGCAUUGUCUGUUUCUACAUCCUUCAAAGAAUCGCUUGGAGCGGUGGAGGUUGACCAAGACUCUGAAAUGACACAACCUCCAACAGAAAUCACUUUUCAAACAGAUGAAGCUUUAACUGAACAAGAACUUUCUGAAACCAAGGGCCCUGUUCCAGUGGACACAAUCACGACAGAAGCAAAAGAGAAGACAUCUGAACCAGAACCUCCAGCUGAAGAAGCAAAGGAAGAGUUUGAGUUGCCUCAGGGUGGUAUCUACCCAGGGAAAAGAGCUCUUGAGAUAGAGGCAGAGCCACAGGUUGCUUUCGCUUCGGAAUAUAGCAGUGACAUGCUGGGUACAGAGGAGCAACAACAGUAUUUCUCUGCUAGUGAUAGUGAUGAUGGACUCGAUGAGUAUGUCGAACAGGAUGAACCAGUAAAGGAGAAACCCAAAGAAGAAAAAGAAACUUUACAAUAUGAAGACCAUUAUUCCAUGUCAAAAGAGUCUGAAUACAAAGAAAGUGUGACAACAACUGUAUUUACAGAGACAAUCAUUCAGUCGAGUGACAUCCACGAUUUUGUGUCUGAGGUACAAACAGAAAGGCAGGUUGAAUCUGAAUAUGCUGAAAAGGCAGAGGAUGAACUUAUCAGGUUGGAUGACAGUAAGCCAGAAUCAGAAGUUGAUGAGAGUGAACCAGUACCAGCCCCAUUGUUCAUUGCUACUGAGAAAAAUGACCAGUUGGAUAUUCUGCAGGAUGAUCUGGAUCGACCAAUAUCUCCAACUCCUGAUGCAGUGCAACAAUCCUACUUUGGAGAUGAGCAGGAUGAGCUAAUGGCUUCUGAAUUACAAGCUGCUGAAGAAGAAGUUCUGGAGAAAACAGCAAGUAGUUUUGUUGAAUCUAUCCUAGAGGAUGUCAAACAGAAGGUUCAGGAUGAGAAAGAAAUGGAGUAUGCAGAGAUGGAAGCCUCAGCUGCAGUAUUGGAACCAGAUGAGGAUAUAUCAGAUGAAGAACCUGCUGUUGCAAUGGCUGCAGACAAUGGAGAUGUGGACAGGACUGACGAGAGUGAAGAAGAACUAGAAGUUCCCCCUGCCACUCCACCCCCUCCUAUACCACCUUUACCACUCUUUAGAAAACAGGUUUCCGAGGAUAUUCCUGAAAUCACAAUCACACAACAUCUUCAUGAGGAAAGAGAUGAAGGUGAUUAUCCGUUAUGCUUUGCUGAGAAAUACACCAACGAAUGCAUUCCUGAAAAAGAUGAUGAAGAGGAAGAUGUGGAACCAAAACAAUCCACAUCAUAUCAGUCAGAAUUUGACCAAACUGAUGCUCCAAGAGUGGAAGAGACUACCAAAGAAGAGGAGGUUCAGGAGCAGGAAGAGCCUCCUGAGGAGAAAGAAGAAAAAGAAAUUAGUUAUCCACAAGAUAAGGAUCCUUUUUUAGUGGAUACUGACUCAGAAUCAACCCCUAAAGUUUUGAAAGAUGCUGAGCAACAACUUCAGCUUGGAGUUGCUGUUCAACAGAGUGAAAUAGUAGAGGCUGAAACUGGGUCUACACCUGUCAAUGAACAAGAUAAACUUGCAGAAGAAUUUGAACUGAGAGUGGAAAUCUGUGAUGGAAUGAGACCCUAUGAUUAUGCAGAACUUCAGAGUCCUGAAGAUCAUGGUGACUCUUCGAGUGUUGACAGUUUUGCCACAGUUGUUGCUGCACAACCCGAUGAAGAUGAGGACAUGGUAGAUGAGGAACAAGAAGACAGAUUGGCUGACUUUGCAUCAAUGACCUCCUCAUUCCACUCAGACAUGCAGCCUACUCUUCAAGAUACUGGUGGUGAGGAGGACGAUGAUGAUGAGGAUGAAGAAGAGGAACCAGAAGAAAUUCUAGAAUGGCCAAGACGUAGCUAUGAUCGAGAUGGUGACAGGGAAAGUGAAUCCUCAUUGGAUAGUGAACGCUAUGAAUUUAUAGACAGGACAGCAUUGUCUGUUAUCACUGAAAUGUCUGAUGAAGAUCGGUUUGAAAUGAUUGAGAGAGAAGAAGCACUUUCUGAAGGUGGAACAUCAGACCAUGUACAAAGCUCUCCAGAAGGACCACAACCAUCACCUGGUGUGAAUAACUACAAAUUCUUUGGGAAAAGUAAUGAAAAGGAUGAUGUUUCCAUCUCAUCAUCUCUACUAGAAUUUGAAAAUCUUGAAAAGGAAAUCAACCAAUCUGGCUCCGUAAGUUCUAUUGAACUUGGUGACAAGGAAAGUCUUGGUGGAUCCCUUGAUGAGAGACGCUUUCCCUCAAACAAUAAAAACAAUGACAGAGAUGAUGCAUCAGUAGCAUCCUCACUUGCAGAGUUUGAAAGACUUGAAAGAGACAUUGCUGUGUCAGGUUCCUUGGGUUCCAUUGAGAAAGUGUCAUCUGGUUCUCUAGGUUCAAUGGAGAAGGUGUCUGGUUCUCUGGGGUCCAUAGAAAAAGUUACACCAGAAAGUAAAAGCAGCAAUGGGGCCGGCUCUUUGACCUCAUUAGCUGAGUUUGAGAAGUAUGAGAGGGAAUGUUUUACAGAUUCUGAGGACAGGAGAAGUUCUUUAGGCAGUAUGAGCAGAAAAAGUGAUGCUUCCUCUCAUCCUUCUUUAAUAGAAUUUGAACAUUUAGAACGUGAAGUAAGAUCCACGGAAGAACUUGAAGUUGAAGCCCAGAAAAUUGUGACCAUCUUGGAAUCUGGGUCACUAUUUGCAGCUGCUAAAGCUUAUUCAGCUAAACAUGACAUUGACAGAGACUCUCUUGAUGGUAAAGAAAGCAUUGAUCAUGAUUCGUUGAGUGAAGGAGAGAAGGCUGAUUCACUUGACGGUGACACAUCAGAACUGACUGACAUGACAUCAAGUGUGAUUUUCACUGGUAUUGUGCCCGUCUGCCAGGCUGCAGGUGAUGCAACAACAUCGGGUGGAGAAUUCACGUCUGCUAAUGAACAGGACUCUGACUCAUUACAUGGAGAAUCAGUCAUGCAGUUGUCUUCAGAUUCUCUUGGCCUGGAGCACAGGAAAUCACAGAGAGAUGUGUAUGACACUGACUCUCUGCAUGAAACUGAUGGUGCAAUGGACAGAUCUGCUGACUCUAUUGAAUUAGGUUGCAGAUUAGAAACUGAACCAGUGGACAUCAUGUGUAAAUCUGCAGAUUCCAUAGAACUUGAACGUCAGUUGCUUGUGGAAGCUGGUUUCAUGCAAACGUCGACAGAUUCACUGGAACUAGGUCAGCCAGAGACUGUGAUGGAGAGAUCAACAGAUUCAGCUGGAAGUUGAUCAGAAAGCCGAAAUAGAUAGAGACUCUUUACAAGGCCAAGAUGAUGUGAUGCUAACUUCUGCAGAUUCUUUGGAGUUUGAUAAAUCAGAUAAGCCGCCAGAUGUCAUGCAGAUGUCUGUUGAAUCUGCUGCUUGGAGCAGCAUGGGUAGUUCCGGUUUGUCAAAAUCAUCA